AUGUCUAAAUGUAUGCCCUUUGCUGGUACCGCGGUCAUCACUCAAGGCGACAAACUAAACGCAAAGAACAAUCUUACUGUGCGGGACGGGCGCGUAGUAUUAUCUCUCACCAUUCACGGAAUCUGGAAAAUAAAACCGUUCUACCUCGCCCCAGAGGAGUUUUCCUUGAUUUUCUGCGGGGAUGACAAAGGGAAGGAGAGAUUGGCAAUGACCCUCGAAGACACCCCCGAUGACUCCGGCGUUUUUAACAUUGUCGUAAAGCCUCUGGGGAUCCCUACACCUCCCAAGCAGCUGUGGUUUUUCGCAGAUGCAAUUGUGGAGCCUAGGGAGCCACCUGCUAUCCACGGAAGAAUUCAAUGCGUUGAUACAAGGAGCCCCCUUUCGGUAGGUGUUGGGGCAAGGCGGAGGGACUACCGCCCCGAGAUAUGCCUGUUUCGGGCUUGCCGAACGACAUCGAUCAGGAUGUGA